AUGAGGUUCGAGAAACGUGAGAAGUUAAGCCCUUGUUAUAUCGGACCUUAUGAGAUCACAGAACGCAUCAGACCUAUUGCCUACAGACUUGCCUUACCUCCAGAACUAUCUCGGAUUCAUGACGUAUUUCAUGUAUCCAUGCUACAGAAGUACAUACCUGAUCCUUCCCAUGUUCUAGAACAUCAACCUGUGGAGUUGAGAGAAGCUUUGACCUAUGAGGAGCAACCAGUGCAAAUUCUGGACAGAAAGGAGCAAGUGUUACGCUCUAUAACCAUUCUGGUAGUGAAGGUAUUGUGGAGGAGUCAAACCGUUGAGCAAACCACUUGGGAACCCGAGGCGCAGAUGUGGGCCAAGUACCCUCACCUCUCCGAAUGA